CCUCUGGAAAAGUGAUGACGGUGCACAAGUCCCCCGUGUACAGUAAUCUUCCCCGUGACUUACGUUAGAGCAGGUUGUAAUGAAAAUAACCCAGUUAUUUAAACUGCAUUUCAUCCUGUAAGUCACUUAGUUGAGAAAAACUUGCAGUGCAUUAGAAAGGCAUAAUCUGGUGGCUCCUUCUGGAUUUUGGCAGCAUUUUCACAGCACAAGUUAAAGGGUAAAACACUUCAAUUUGCAUUUGAAUGUAAAUCAUAAAUCUAAUUGCUCAGAGUGUUUUCGGACUUUCCGUAAAGCUCUUUUCAGUCUCCGCCUGCUCUGCAGUAUAGUGUCAUGUGACUUUUUGUUGAAUGAGGGAAUCGGCAAAGACUGCAGGAGAGUGCAAGGUUAUGUUGCUGUGGUUUUUUGUUUUUUUUUUUGCUAAAUUCAAACAUUGUAAAAAUCAAACGAGCAAAACACAUUAACAUAGCAUUUACACCAAAAACACGAAAUGUAUUCCAUGCUACAGUUAGGCAGGGCUAUCAGCUUUUGCUGAAAUGCAGCAUGUUUCUUUGCAUUAUAAAUGCAACAAUGACAUUUGAUAAGCAGGCGUGCCUCUUUGGAGGUCUGUACAGUGCAUCCUCACUAGGCUGUCUGUUCUGUAAGGUAUGUGGCAGUAGUGUCUUUUUCACAAUUAGCUAGUCUGUAUGUCUUCUGUUUCCCAGGGGCAGCCAGUUCAAAUCUAGUCAACGACUCACGGUGGCAUCCUAGUACAGUUCAAUCCCAGUGGUUUAUAUCCUCCCAUCUAUCAAGUGGUUUGCUUACUGAAUGACAAAUAGAUUUUUGAUUUUAAAGGGGCAGUCUGGGAGAAGAAGGAGUAAUCAAUAAAGGUCUUAAUUAAAAAUGUUCAUCAGUGAUGUUAUUGAGAAUCUACAGCACUGGCUGGGUAGAAGUACAAGUGUGUGUUUCAGGUUGGUGCAGAUAUAAUGUUUUUGAGUUUGUCGUGCCGGGAGGGGGUCACUGUUCAGUUAUCUUGAAAUGUUGUUAUACUUCAGUGAAAACUGGAUUCUUUGAUCAGUGUUGCUUCCAAGUUUUUAGCUAAACAGCAAACCUUACUUCAGAAUUGACAGAGAAAGUGAACUUUACUGAAUAACUGUGUGUAGAUUGGGGUUGUGUCUAGAAUCUAUAGUAUUUCCCUUUUCAAUUAUUGCUAGGAUUGAAUGAGGUUAUUUAUUUAUUUCUGAAAACCUUUCUGCUGUUGACUCCAGAGUGUGUGUGAGUUUCUUUCUUUUUUUUCUCUCCGAUUCCAGAUCCUCUUCUAGAAAUACAUUUCUUGUUUUUCGAGUUGCCGUUUCCCUUUUUAUUCACCAGGAGGCCCACAAGAUGGCGCACAAUCGUUGCAAGAGAACGACAGACUUUCCCCAACAGAGCAAAGGCCCUGUGAUAAUUAUCUGGUCAAGCCAGCUGUGCUUCAGAAAACUGAUGUCGUUAUUUCAACAGCUGGGCAAAUGCUAGGGCUUCCCUUUUAAAAAAUGCUUUCUUUCUAUGACCCCCACUCUUUGUACAGGAGGCCGUUGCAGCCGGCCCAGGCAGCUUGUUUUACAUUGGAAUAAAGACAAGGUUCGUUUGUGAAGACUCCGGUACCACCACAAAAGCAGUUUACGAAUAAGUGUUACGUUUUUAAAAAUGAAUUUUUGUUAUGGUUCCUCUUUUAUUGUGCAGAGAUUUACAGUUGUUUUUUUUCCUCUAAUUCAGGGUUUGCAAAUAUAUUUUAAAUAAAACACUAUUGAAAAACUACUGCAUCCUGGAACACGUUUUAUUUAACCACAACACAUGAAGUGCUUAGCAGCUAGGAAGCAGCAGAACCUUUGUAUUGUCUGCAGUAUCUGCAUAUUCCAGACUACAAAAUACAUGGGAUCUUCAAUACAAGAAAGGGUGUUUAGCACUCGGAAUAAAUAUAUUUUGGAGAUAGUUUAUUCAUUCAUUCAUUCAUACAUACACACAUGUACUGAUUAUCAUGUUUCAUGCAUGCAUGUUCAAUGCAAUGCAGUUUUUACAAUGAUGUAAAGCUGAGAAAAGAGGACAUUUCUAUAUACUAGUAGAAACAGCAGGAGAGAAGGGUGCUCUUUUUUUGAGGAUCUGUGCUAAUUCUGUUUUGAAAGACCUAUAUCUCAGGAGCUAAUUAAAGAUUAAACAAACUAUCUUUUGAAAGCGGCUCUGGGUAUAUUCACUCCUCUUUGAAGCGAGCCAGGUUUUUAUAAUUGUAAUGUUUUAAUGCCAAAAGGCAGAGAGAGAGGGAAGGGUAUCUUUUUAACUUGGUUUGGAUUUUAAAUGCAUUGCUCCCGUUUUCUAAAAGCAGCAAUACUCACGACACUUGAAUGUUUUGAAAAUGAAUACACCCUACUUUGAUUCAAACCUGAUUUUCUUAAUUAUACUUCAGUACCUGUGUUGCAGGGAUGGAAAUAAGACUCCUAUUGCAUAGCCGUUCCACCCAUUCCAGGUUUUAAUAUGUGCUCUGGUGUGUGUUAGUAAACUCCUAGGAAAACCAGGAAUGGAUCACGCUGCUAUGCAAUGGGAGUCUUAUUUGCUUCCCUGCAUUGUACAUGUUUAAUAAUUGGUGAUUUAAAGCAGCAUAUCUCUUUUUUGGCAUACUUUUACAAUGUAAGAUUUGUUUUUACAUUCAUAAUCCGAUAUGUAAGGCACAUAUUAUCAUGUUAGAUAUAAUGUAAUGUUGUUUUUGUCUGUGAUUGACUGACAGGUGAAGACUCAGCAAGGUGUUUGCAGCCUGGCAGAAACCUGAUUGAUCCAUAUAGAUGAUGAGCUUCCUGGACUCUGCAUCAGUUUAUAGUGAAGAGCAGUGAUCACAAUGGAAAUACUGAACACCAUUCUUGGUCUAGCCGUAGAUUUCAACCACUAAAGGAAAACAAAAAAAAAAAAACUCUUAACAGCUUGAAGUAUAAUUGCUUAUUGCAUUAUUGCACUUGGGUCAACAAUGCCAUCAGAUAAUGUGAGGUCCUGAUAAAAAAAAUAAAAAUAAAACAUGCCUGCCUUUGUGACGUUUCUGUAGAGAUUUACACAGAAAGAGAGAGAGAGAGAGAGUUGCAACGUGGAAGUGACACUGACGAUACUGAUUUGAAUUUGACGCAGCAGCACUCGCACAGCAAGGGGGAAUUCAGCGGGAGUCAAUAGAAAUGUCUGUUUUAAUUGUGAGUUUAGUGCUAGCUGUGGAAGAGGAGGGACAGUGCCUCCAGGCAGAGUGGAUCUAAAUACUUUAUCUUUUAAAUCACUAAACAGGAGUCUGCUUUGCAUUUUCAGUUUACAGACAAAAAUGCACUUCAGAGAAUCACAUGCGCAGUCAAGAGGGUUGGUUUUCAUGGCGUUGGUCUGCAAUAAAAUAAUAGGAUGUUCUCAUUGGCGAGAUUGUUGAGAUCAGACAUUCUUUAGAUCAAUUGAAUAUAUAUAUAUAUAUGUUCAAUUUAGUGGGAUGUAUCAAACACAUAAAAGCAAUAAUGAUAUUCUUCUGAUCAUUUGGAUAUGAUUUGUGUGAUGCCAUGGUUUAAUGGCUUUCUCUGUGGACCCUCAAUGUAACCCUUACUGUACACACACGUCAAGGUCUUCUUGCAGCAUUCAGCCUAACAAAACAUUGAAUUAGCUGCUGUUGCAGUCGGUUUCACAGCACCAUGCAAUCACACUGCUGUAUGAUACAUCUAGCAGCAGCUAUGCUGGUGCUGAAAGACAAAUACAGUGUAUUAACAUAUUUAUCUCAUUCCAGGAGAGCCCAGAAAAUCAAAUGGACAUCUCAAGGACACCAUGCUGUUUACAUUUUCUGAAAAAAAAAAAAAAAGUGAUGUUACUGGGUAUCGGAAGAGUCCUUGGCUCAAUAGAUCCUAGAUACUCACGUUUCUCUUUAAUAGGAAAUGUAGUCUUAUAGUUAAAUUGUUGUUUUCUUAAUAUUUUAAAGGUAUUUUGUACAUGCAUAUUUAAUAACACUUUUUUUUUCGUAUUGCAUUUUGGAAUUUUGUGCAUAGUUACUAUUUGAGUAAAAUGUUAAAAUAUGUAUCGCUCACAUUUUAGUUAAAAAAAAAAAUCAAAUAUCACUCCAGUUUAGUGCAUUCUUUUCACUUGUGGAGUUUGUGUUUCACUCACUGUUUGGAUUCUAAACUCUGUUGUUACACGAAUAUUUGAUAAGUAUUUAUCGACUGGGCAAAUAAAGUUACUGCUCAAAAGCUAGCACUUGUUCUGCGCUGACAUUUGUCAGCUGUACAUCCAUUGUGCUGGCAGGGAAUUUCAUUUGCAUAACCAUAUCGAUUUAAUCACUUCAUCCUAAAAUAAACUCCAGCAGCCUGGAUAUGAAGCUUGCGCUUACAUUUACUUAAAGCUACAGUGUCCCACAACCUUGGUCAAUUUCAGAACGAAAUGCUGCUUUCCCCUGUAGUUGAUAAAACACAGAUCUUGUUGAUAGUGUAAUUUGCCCUAGAGCUGUCACUAAUGCAUGCUCCUACUAUCAUUUCUGGCAGCAGGAUGAUUAAAAUGAUCUCAAACUCUGCUAGGAUUAAAAGGACCGCCUAUUUGAAUGGCAGACCAGCCAGAGCAUCUCCGAUUUGUCAAAAUGAAUACGUUUUAAUAAUAAGAUUCAUAACAGAUUCAUUAGCGAGUCUCCUGGUAAACAGGAGAUCCUGGGUUCAUAUCCCAGCAGCACCUCAAUGUUCUUGAUUUGUUUAAGGAGGCUGUGUGGUCCAGUGGUUAAAGAAAGGGGCUUGUAACCAGGAGGUCCCCGGUUCAAAUCCCACCUCAGCCCCUGACUCAUUGUGGGACCGUGAGCAAGUCACAUAACCUCCUUGUGCUCCGUCUUUCGGGUGAAACGUAAUUGUAAGUGACUUUGCAGCUGAUGCAUAGUUUACACACCCUAGUCUCUGUAAGUCGCCUUGGAUAAAGACGUCUGCUAAAUAAACAAAUAAUAAUAAAUAGAUAGUGAUUGCAGUUUUCACCUUGGAGUGGAAAACUCAGCCCCUGGGGAUAAAUAAGUAACCUCCAGUGAACAAGAGUAGCAUUAAACAUCGCUGCUCAGUCUGUCACUUUUCCAGCCCUCGGGGCUACAGAUUUCCACUGUAAGCCUCAACUCCAGUCAAUAUUUGUGUAAUAACACCCACUGUGCUGGUAUGACGAACAUUACAUAAAACCUUCUAAUAACUCUGAAGCCAGGAAGAAGAGAGCUGUAAUAAUUGCAUUGUGGGCAAUCAAGGCUGCUCUAUAUUCAGAGAUCAAUGCAGAAUGUUGUUACUAAUGGAUAAUCUUAUCUGCAAAUUACAAAGCCAAUAUGUUAUUACCAAAUGACUAUGCCCAGAAUUGAUAUAUAUAUAUAGUUAUCAGUAUAGGAAGACCGAUGGCCUUGUGAUACUGCAUUUUUAUUUUUUUGCUAUGAGUAAGCAUAGCAGGUUUAUACUGUAGAAGAAAAUAACUAGAAAAGAGGGGUUACAUCAUACAAUUCUUCAAAGCAUUAUUGCAUUAUUAAUUAAGAAAACAAGGUUUGAUAAAUAUGAAAUCUUUCUCAAGGGAUUGUAAUUGUGUUUAUCUAGUAAAUAAUUAUCUAAGUUAUCAUUGAUGUCAUAUCAUUGAACAACAGACAAAGAAGCAUGAAAUAUUCUUUCAGUGCUGAUUAAGUGUUCAAAGUGCGCAAGGUAAGCCUUUGACUUUAGUGGAGUCCAGGCAGAUUGCAUCUGCAAAUACAGACAUCUAACAUGGAAGAAAUAGACAUCUCGGACAAAGCAGGCGAAAGGAAAGGGAAGCUGACUCUUGUCCUUGCGUUGGCCGUUCUGAUUUCCACGUUUGGAUCUUCCUUCCAGUAUGGAUACAAUGUUGCUGUUGUCAACUCGCCAGCUCCGGUUAUGCAGGAGUUUUACAACCAGACAUACUAUGAACGCUAUGGAAACCCCAUUGAAGACAGCUACCUGACCUUGCUGUGGUCUCUGUCUGUGUCCAUGUUUCCAUUAGGGGGAUUCUUCGGAUCACUAAUGGUAGCUCCGCUGGUCAAUAAAUUAGGAAGGAAGGGCACCUUGCUGUUUAAUAACAUCUUUUCAAUCGUUCCUGCUGUUCUGAUGGGAGCGAGCGAGGCAGCAAAGUCUUACGAAAUCAUUAUUGUCGCACGCUUUCUCGUAGGAAUCUGUGCAGGCCUGUCCUCCAAUGUGGUUCCCAUGUACCUGGGUGAGAUCUCCCCAAAGAACCUGCGGGGCGCCAUCGGCAUUGUGCCCCAGCUCUUCAUUACCAUCGGCAUCCUGGUGGCUCAGAUAUUUGGGAUUAGGAGCAUGUUGGGCAACACCAGAGGCUGGACUCUAAUGCUCGCUCUCACUGGCAUUCCUGCGGUUAUAGAACUCGUUUUCUUGCCCUUCUUCCCUGAGAGUCCAAGAUACAUGCUGAUCCAGAAAGGCGAUGAGGAAAAGGCAAGAAAAGCCUUACAGAGACUGAGAGGCUGGGAGGACGUGGACAGUGAAAUGGAGGAGAUGCGUCUGGAGGAGCAGUCAGAGAAGGCUGAAGGGUGCCUGUCAGUUCUGAACCUCUGCUCCUUCCCGUCCCUGCGCUGGCAGCUCAUUUCAAUCACUGUGAUGAACAUGGGACAGCAGCUGUCUGGGGUCAAUGCUAUCUAUUACUAUGCUGAUAGCAUUUACGGAUCCGCUGGUGUGAAGGAGAGUGAUGUCCAAUAUGUCACUGUGGGAACAGGUUCAGUAAAUGUAUUCAUGACUAUAGCAGCUGUCUUCAUUGUGGAAGCGUCAGGAAGGAAGCUGCUCCUCCUGAUUGGCUUUGGGAUUUGUGGCGCUGCCUGUGUGGUCCUGACUAUCGCUCUCACGCUCCAGGGUGAUGCUGAGUGGAUGCCUUACCUGAGCAUUGCUUGUGUAAUUGUUUAUAUUAUCGGACAUGCAAUAGGACCCAGUCCAAUCCCAUAUGUGGUGACCACUGAGAUGUUCCGCCAGUCUUCCAGACCAGCUGCGUUCAUGGUGGCUGGCUCAGUGCACUGGCUCUCUAACUUCACUGUGGGCCUGGUCUUCCCCUUCAUGGAGAAGGGGCUCGGCACCUUCAGUUUUAUCAUCUUCGGUGUCAUCUGCUUGGCAACGUUGGGCUACAUCUUUAUCGUUGUUCCGGAAACCAAAAACAAAACCUUCCUGGAAGUCAGCCAAUUGCUUGCCAAGAGGAACAAAACUGAAAUGGCUGUUGGGUCCGGGAGCUCCACUGUUAAUGACCUGAAACCAAUGAACAGCAAGACGGACACAAAGGAGGGGGCCGUGGACAUGGCCCGCAGACUCUAGUGCGAGACCAGCGGUUUGGGUCAGUCUUUCAGGCUCUGCAUGAUUUCAUGGUUGAGUUUGAUACACCAGAAUAAAAAAAAAAACAACUAGAUACAACAAGACUGAACUUCUUUGUUUUUCCAUGUGUCUUCGUGUUUAGAGGAUAGAUUAACAUUUAGAACACCCAGGCCAGGGCUCCCAUGUGCUACUACCAAAAAAAUACAAAAGAUUUGGAGACUAAAAAC